AUGUCGCCAGCGGCUAGAGAUCCUGCAUCUGCGGUACCAAACCGGGGCGUGGUGCGUCCCAUGGAGAUACGCAUCCCAGACGACGCCGUCGAAGAAUUGAAGACUCUGAUUCGCUGCUCUAAAAUCGCUGGGCAGACGUACGAGAACUCCCUCCAGGACGGCUCCUUUGGGGUGUCUCGACAGUGGCUUCUGGAGGCGAAGAGAAAAUGGGAGGAGGAUUUCGACUGGAGGCGCUGCGAGGCGCGAAUCAAUAAGUUCCCCCAGUUUACUGUUCCGGUCCAGGCGCACGACGGAUGCAGCACCGUUCAUUUCUGCGGACUAUUCUCAGACAAACCGGAUGCGAUUCCGCUGCUGUUGCUGCACGGGUGGCCUGGGAGCUUUCUGGAAUUCCUGCCCAUCCUGGCCCUGCUGCAGGACAAGUAUACCCCUGAAACUCUCCCGUACCACGUCAUCGUGCCCUCCCUGCCGGGGUACGGCUUUUCCGCACGCCCUCCUCUCGAUCGAGACUUCACUCUCCUAGAAGCGUCGGAGCUGUUGCAUUCCUUGAUGGAGGAGCUUGGAUUCGGUGGAGGGUACAUUGCCCAAGGGGGUGAUGUGGGGAGCAAGAUUGCGAGAAUCCUGGCAAAGAGGUAUCAAGGUUGCAAAGUAAACUUUUGCGCGAUGAACGAACCAGCUCAGCUGAAAGGUUCCACGCAACUGGCCGAAGCUGAACGAGAAGGUCUAGAGCGAAUGGCCGUCUUCAACAGUUCUGGGCGAGGAUACGCCAUUACUCACGCAACAAGACCCAGCACGAUAGCUCUGGUCCUCACGAGCAAUCCCCUGACAAUGCUGGCGUGGAUCGGCGAGAAAUUUCUGGAAUGGUCCGGCGAGGCGAUUUCGAUCGACACCAUAUUGGAGUCGGUCACACUGUACUGGCUGACGGAGACUCUGCCGACAUCACUAUACACAUACCGAGCGAGAACACACCCCGACAACCCCGGCGGACAUGGGGAUCCGCGGUGGCAUGUCGCGAAGCCGCUCGGGUACUCGUACUUCCCGAAAGAGGUGGCCCCGGCGCCGGUCAGCUGGGUCGCUACGACGGGCGACUUGAUAUUCUCGCGGUCGCGCUCCAAGGGGGGUCAUUUCGCAGCGGCGGAAGUCCCGGAGCUUUUGUUGCAGGAUAUCGAGGAUUUCGCGGCUGUGGCGUGGCCCAGGACAAACCCCUGA